AUGUGGGUCCGACUGCUCCUCCGGGCCGCCUGCGCCGCGCUCCUGCUGCCGGGAGCCCCGGCCCGAGGCUACACCGGGAGGAAGCCUCCCGGGCACUUCGCGGGCCGAAAGUGCUCUCUCCUCUCUUGCAGACGCCGUCUGGGCCCCCACGUCUGCCUCUCGGGGUUUGGGAGCGGCUGCUGCCCUGGCUGGGCACCCUCCGUGGGCAGUGGGCACUGCACCCUGCCCCUCUGCUCCUUCGGCUGUGGGAGUGGCAUCUGCGUCGCUCCCAACGUCUGCUCAUGCCAGGAUGGAGAGCAAAGGGCCACCUGCCCAGCAGCCCACGGUUCCUGCGGGGAGUACGGCUGUGACCUUACCUGUAACCACGGCGGCUGUCAGGAGGUGGCCCGAGUGUGCCCUGUGGGCUUCUCGAUGACAGAGACAGCGGUUGGCAUCAGGUGUACAGACAUUGAUGAAUGCUUAAGCUCCUCUUGCGAGGGUCACUGUGUGAACACGGAAGGCGGGUUUGUGUGUGAGUGUGGACCGGGCCUGCAGCUGUCUGCUGACCGCCACAGUUGCCAAGACGCUGACGAAUGUCUAGGGAGCCCCUGUCAGCAGAGAUGCAAGAACAGCAUCGGCAGCUACAGGUGUUCCUGUAGAACUGGCUUCCACCUCCACGGGAACCGGCACUCCUGUGUAGAUGUAAACGAGUGUCGCCGGCCGCUGGAGAGGCGAGUCUGUCACCAUUCCUGCCAGAACACCGUGGGCAGUUUCCUGUGCACGUGUCGACCUGGUUUCCGGCUCCGAGCUGACCGAGUGUCCUGCGAAGCUUUUCCCAAAGCCAUGCUGGCCCCGUCGGCCAUCCUACAGCACCCCCCCAAGAUGCUCCUGCUGCUUCCGGAGGUGGGCCGGCCUGCCCUCUCCCCAGGACACAGCCCUCCGUCCAGGGCCCCAGGGCCCCCCACUGGAGUCAAGAGCACCCGUCUGCCAUCUCCCACCCGGGCAUUGCCUGCGUCUUCUCCCUCUGCUCCGACCCGGCUGCCCGCUACCCCAGUGGCCCCCCCAAUGCCUAGUGCUUCCCUGCUGGGGAGCCUCUGGCCUCCCUCCUUCCUCCAGGGGGAGGCAGUGGUGACCCCAUCCUCGCCCAGGGAGCCCGAGGCCACACGACUGGCACCAGGGCUCUCUCACUGCUGGUACCAGGGAGCCACACAUGAGUCCGGAAGCCGCUGGACCGAGCCCGGGUGUUCCCAGUGCUGGUGUGAGGACGGGGUGGUGGCCUGUGCGGAGGUGACAUGUGAAGCUGCUUGUUCCCACCCGAUUCCCUCCAGAGAUGGGGGGUGCUGCCCGUCAUGUACAGGCUGUUUUCACAGUGGCGUCGUCCGAGCUGAAGGUGAUGUGUUUUCACCUCCCAAUGAGAACUGCACUGUCUGUGUCUGCCUGGCUGGAAAUGUGUCCUGUAUCUCCCCCGAGUGCCCUCCUGGCUCCUGUCAGAGAUCCCCACAGUUGGAUUGCUGCAUGUGUGUGCCAGUGAGGUGCUAUUUCCAAGGCCGGUGGUAUGCGGACAGCGCUGUGUUCAGCGGGGGUGCUGACGAGUGCACCACCUGUGUCUGCCAGAAUGGGGAGGUGGAAUGUUCCUUCACGCCGUGUCCAGAGCUGGACUGCCCCCGCGAGGAGUGGUGGCUGGGCCCAGGACAGUGCUGCUUCACCUGCCGGGAGCCCACGCCCAUGACAGGCUGCUCUCUUGACGACAACGGGGUUGAGUUUCCGAUUGGACAGAUCUGGUCGCCUGGUGACCCCUGUGAGUUAUGCGUCUGCCAGGCAGAUGGCUCGGUGAGCUGCAAGAGGACAGACUGCGUGGACUCCUGCCCUCACCCGAUUCGGAUCCCUGGGCAAUGCUGCCCGGACUGCUCUGCAGGCUGCACCUACACGGGCAGAAUCUUCUACAACAACGAGACCUUCCCAUCUGUGCUGGACCCGUGUCUCAGCUGCAUCUGCCUGCUGGGCUCCGUGGCCUGCUCGCCUGUAGACUGCCCCAUCACCUGCACCUAUCCUUUCCACCCAGAUGGGGAGUGCUGCCCCAUCUGCCGAGACUGCAAUUACGAGGGAAGGAAGGUGGCGAAUGGCCAGGUGUUCACCUUGGAUGAUGAGCCCUGCACCUGGUGCACUUGCCAGCUGGGAGAGGUGAGCUGUGAGAAGGUCCCCUGCCAUCGGGACUGUGUAGACACCUCCACACCCCUCAGGGACUGCUGCUCCUCCUGCCCAGAUUUCCGGUUUCCUCUGGAAGGACGGCAGGGCCUCUCCCCACCCAGAGAUGUGGCAUUCAGCAAAGCUGCCCAGAGCCCCCGUGAAGACACCGAGGCCCCUUCCGGUCCUGCCAACUGUAGCACCUGCCCUGGUCCCCUGACAACGUCACCUCAAAGGCCAGCGCUCCGUCUCCUCCAGCUCCUCCUGAGAAAGAACUUGUCUAACAUGCAGACUUUUUCCACAAGCCCACCAGGAGCCCAGGCCCCACCCUCACCCCCUUUGGGGCCAGGGGGCACUUUCCCAGGGGGGCCUGGGGCUUCCCAGCACCCUCAGCCCUCAUCGGGAGCCUCCACUCUACCUCCAACCUCCCCAGGGGUUCCUUGGCCUCCUCCUGCUGCUCUGGAGACCCCCUCCUCAGCUUCCGAGGCCCGGACAGCAUCCAGCUGGCCCUCCCUGCCUGCCACCGUCCUGGUUGAAGCUUCAGCGCUUUCCACGAUGGUCCCCAGGCCCUCAGGGACCCCCAUCACCCCUCUCAGGCCUCACAGACUCUCUCCUGCCCCCUCCAGACUCGCUGCAGCUCUUGCACCCACCACCAGCCCCACCUCUCAGAAGCCUGCAAUGGGUACCUCAGGAGAGGGAGAGUCUACCUUGUAAGUGGGUCUCAAUUUCAAGAUGGUGCCUGGAAGAUUCUGGACAGAGAAAACUCUGCCAGUGGCCCAGGGAGCAAGCCGAGUCACUCUGGGGGCAAAUCCGGCUGCUGACACCAAGGCUCAUUCCUGCAGGGCUCUCGGUAGGAAUGGACAAUCCCACCUGGACUGGACACAGCCUUGUUCCCAAGCAGCAUUUGGAGCGUGGGGUGAGGAUUCAGCAAAGGAUGUUCUCCAUGUUCAGUGUCCUGGACCACACAGUCGGCUUGUUUUUCCUGGGAAAGCUGGAGGCUGCUGAGCCCUCCUCUCUUGGAGCAGCAGAGUCAGGCAGGGCCUGGGGAUCCACUGGGACAGGCCACCAGGCCUCACUCAUCCUUACCUGAGGUUUUCUGAUUAAAGGUCAUCUCGGU